AGACCCCUUCAUUGGCUUCCGCUCCUCCUGUUGGCGCCUCCUUUCGAUUUUCUCUCAAACUCUCAGAGGCUCUCCCGCUUCCUCACUCUCGGACGUCCGAGGCUUCUUUGUAUCAACUUGAUUGCAGAAGUGGAACCUUGUAAUAAGUUUAUUACCGAAGAUCAUAGAGCUUCUUCUUGGUGGGUAUUAUGGCUUCCUCAGGAGCAAUAGCAUACUCCGGCUUAUAGUUUAGAGCUACGCAAUCUUAGGCAGAGUCUAUUAAUUUGCUUGCUUCACUUGACCGUUACUUGGCUAGAUGAAGCUGGAUUCUCCUUCUUGAGCCAUACUUUGGCGCUAUCUAAACGUCCAUUGUUUGUACGCACCAGAUUAUUCUGAUCAGAAGCGAGGGUCCACAAUUUGGCGGUCUACAUAGCCGACACAAGUUCUGGGAUAAACGUUGAAACUCGACUUUAUAUUUCGCUUUGCAAACUCCUCCAAUUUUUGCAUGUCUUCGAAGCCAAGUUUGAUACAAUGAAGCGCGAAGUGGCAACCACCAUUAUCUCUUUAAUAAGCUUUAUCUUGAUGCAACAAGCCUUUUGUGCUGACACUUACGAUACGUCCACCCCUGGCAACUGGACGUGUAGAUGUUUUUCUCCAUACCAAGAAAAUCAGAAAUUAACACUUGGUGCAAACUGUUCUACAUCUUGUUCAUGUACGCAAGAUGUUGGGGUAAUUGGAAUGUGGACAUGCAUAUGUGUAACCGAUGGCUUCCCAAAAGUUGCAGCCAAUCCCCGUGAUUCUGACUGUUUUACCUCCUGCAACUGCUCUUCUGGACUGCCUCCGGAGUCACCAUCUUCUAAAAGGCAUAUUUCGAGCAAUGUGGUUGUGAUUAUUCUCUCACUAUGUGUAAUAAUCAUAACAUUAGCAUUCUUCAUCUUAGUGGUUUGCUAUCUUUGUCGAAGGGACAAGUGCCGUGCUCAAACUCCAAUAUUUUCGUUAGAAAAGCUAAUGAGCUACAACAGCUUGACCAACUUAAUUAGUCACAAGAGUUCUUCACCACCAGAUAGUAAGGUUAUGAUGGGUUCCCCUGUGAAUAACAUCAAAGGAUGCUUUUUCAUGAACCAAUGCUUGUUGAGGACAAAAUCUAGGAGUCUGUGUGGGAUAAUCAUCCAAUUCUCAUACUCGGAGUUGGAAAAUGCCACAAAUAAGUUUUCAAGCUCCCAUCUUGUUGGACGUGGAGGAAGUAGUUUUGUUUAUCGUGGUGAGUUGAAGGACAGUAGAACAGUGGCAGUAAAGCGGCUCAAUAUUCAAGGAGGACCGGAUGUGGACUACUUGUUCUUAACAGAAAUUCAAUUGUUAUCAAGGCUUCAUCAUUGUCACGUGGUGCCUCUACUUGGUUAUUGCACAGAAUCAAGGGGGAAACAUACUGAAAGGCUUUUGGUAUAUGAAUACAUGCCAAAGGGUAAUUUAAGAGACUGUUUGGAUGCAGCUUCAGGGGAAAAACUGGAUUGGAGUACUCGUGUUACAAUUGCUUUAGGAGCUGCAAGAGGCUUGGAGUAUCUUCAUGAAGCAGCUGCUCCCAGAAUUUUGCAUAGGGAUGUCAAGUCAACAAAUAUUCUUUUGGAUAAAGAUUGGAGAGCAAAAAUAACAGACCUUGGUAUGGCCACAAGGUUAAGAGGUGAUGAUCUUCCUAGCUGUUCCAGUUCUCCUGCAAGAAUGCAGGGGACUUUUGGGUAUUUUGCACCGGAGUAUGCAAUUGUUGGAAAAGCCUCUUUGAAGUCAGAUGUCUUUAGUUUUGGAGUAGUUCUUCUCGAGCUUAUAACGGGUCAGCAUCCCAUCCAUAAAUCAGCAAGCAAAGGAGAGGAAAGCCUUGCAAUCUGGGCUGCGCCCCGAUUGCAAAAUAGUAGGCGAGUCAUUACCGAGUUGCCUGAUCCGCAUUUAGAUGGACUGUUCCCGGAGGAAGAGAUGCAAAUAAUGGCUUAUUUAGCAAAAGAGUGCUUGCUGUUGGACCCUGAUGCUAGACCCACCAUGACUGAAGUUGUUCAAGUACUUUCAAACAUAGCUCCAGAAAAAUCAAGAAGGAAUAACAUUUCUGCAAACGUUUUUCAGGGGAGGUUGUCAGCCUGUUGUGAGGAAAGUGUACGAGACAAUGUAAGGGACGAAACGAAUCCUAUAGGGAAACAAGUCCAUACAGAGGUGACUCCCAUUGAUGACAUGACGACAAGGCAAGCUUCAUCCCGCAAAUGGCUCGAUCGCCAUUCAUUACCAUUGGAUAUUGAUCGUUCACUUUGUGCUGGCAACUAUGGCAACCAAGAUGUUGUUUCUUUCGAGUGCAUCGAAAGACCUGUACCCCCCUCGACUUCUGAGGGCAAUAAUCUCCAAGUCCAAGCCUCGGAUGAUGAAACAGUAGACUUGACUGAGCCUUGGCUCGAGUCAUUCUGCAUUGUGAAUGUUAAUAAAUCUCCCUCAUAAGAGACAGUCUAAAGCUAGUGAGUGGAUCAUGUUAAAAGAGGAUCAGAGUCUCACAUCUCACAGUUUUCUUUAGUACUUUCUCAAAAUAGACCCCACAGAAUGACCAUAGGCUCACAUCCCAAAUUUGUUCCUCGGCUUACCCCUUCAACCUGCAUUAAAAACAAGAGGAAAGGGAAAAACUGGGUGGUGCUUUGUAACAGCCGUGUCUUCUACCGCUGUAUCAUAUAUAGUGUUUUGAUCAUGUACAGUGAUGGUUAGGCCAAAUCUAUAUAGAAAUUCGUGUCCAAGCUUGUUUCUGUUUCUGACAUCUGCCAGAUAAAAAUGGUUUAUAUUCAU